AUGCAGAAGAAGAAAAAUUUCAGGAAGAGGAGUUUCGAAGAAGACGAAGACGAGCAUAACAAAGCAUCAGAUGACGAACAAGAAAGAAGAUUGGCAUUAGAAGAGGUGAAAUUUCUGCAGAAACAGAGGGAGAGGAAAUUAGGAAUCCCUGCAUUACAAACAACUUCGCAAACUGCAACUACAGUAGCUGCUAAAAUAACCGAAAAGACCGAAGGAGAUGGAGAAAAAGAAGAGCUUGUUCUUCAAGACACUUUUGCUCAAGAAACUGCUGUCAUGGUCGAAGAUCCCAACAUGUUGAAGUAUGUCGAGCAAGAAUUGGCCAAAAAAAGAGGGAAGAACAUUGAUACAGCUGACCAAGUUGAGACGGAGUUGAAGCGUGCAGAAGAUGAAUUAUACAAAAUUCCGGAGCAUCUUAAAGUGAAAAAGCGAAACUCAGAAGAAAGCUCUACUCAGUGGACUACGGGGAUUGCAGAGGUUCAGCUACCCAUUGAAUACAAACUGAGAAAUAUUGAGGAAACAGAGGCAGCCAAAAAGCUUCUACAGGAGAAAAGGCUAAUGGGAAGACCAAAAUCAGAAUUUAGCAUCCCUUCCAGUUAUAGUGCUGAUUAUUUCCAACGUGGCAGGGAUUAUGCUGAGAAACUGCGACGAGAUCAUCCAGAGCUGUACAAGGAGAGGAGUUCGCAGGAUGAUGCUGCUGCUGGAUCAAAACCAGCUGAUAAUAGUACUGAUGGAGCUGGGCGUAGGCAAGCUGCAACGGAUGAGUUCAUGCUAGAGCGCUUCCGAAAACGAGAACGCCAUCGGGGCAUGCGUAGAUAA